CUUCCUGUCUUGCUUGCAACACCCCAAGUGCUCUCUCCCUUCCCCUCCCACCUCCUCUCUCCUCCUCGGGUUAAUUUUCUCCGAGUUCUCUGGACUCAGGCUCCAGUUCUGGCCUUCAGGGUUUGAGGUUCUGGGGACCAGGUGGUGAUCUACCCCCUAGUCUCAACCCUCAAUCCCCAACCUAUGUCCUGGGAUCCAUUUGGACCCAACACAUUCCAGGACUCCGGUGCCGUCUGGCCAUAGGUCGCUGCUGCCUCGCCACUGCCGCCACCACCACCUGAGCCCUAAUGGGGGAGUGAGAGGACAACGCUGGCCGGACAUGGGCCUCCCUGCCGUGCCUGGCCUGCUGCUGCCACUGGUGCUCCUGGCUGUGUUGGAGGUCGUGUACCCCUCUGGUGUUACUGGACUGGUCACUCACCUCAGGGACCUGGAGAAGAGAGACAGCCUGUGUCCCCAGGGAAAAUAUGUCCACCCUGAGAACAAUUCCAUUUGCUGUACCUUUUGCCACAAAGGGACCUACCUGCGCAACCACUGUCGAGGCCCGGGGCUAGACACGGACUGUAAAGAGUGUGAAAAGGGCACCUAUAGUGCUACAAAAAACUACCACCGAUAUUGCCACGGCUGCUCCAAGUGCCGGGAAGAAUUGCUCCAGGUGGAGAUUUCCCCUUGCAUGUUGGACCGGGACACUGUGUGUGGCUGCAGGAAGAACCAGUACCGGAAAAAUUUGGGUGGCUCUCUUUUCCAGUGCGUGAACUGUAACCCCUGCCUCAAUGGCACAGUGCAUCGUCCCUGCCAGGAGCAAGAGGAUACGUAUUGCCACUGCCAUGCUGGGUUCUUUUCAAGAGAGAAUAAAUGUGUCUCCUGUGUUCACUGUAAGAAUGCAGACUGUGAGAAGUCGUGUAAGCCCUUCUCAACAGAACCAUCUCAGCACCCUAAUGACCCAGGCACUGCGGUACUGUUGCCCAUGGUGAUCUUUCUGGGCGUUUGCCUUUUGUCCCUCCUCUUUGUUGGCAUAGGAUGCCGCUACCAACGGUGGAAACCCAAGCUCUACUCCAUUGUUUGUGGGAAAUCGACACUUGUAAAAGAGGGCGAGCCUGAGGCCCUGGCCCCGGCGCCAGGCUUCAUUUCCACCCCGGGCUUCAGUCCCAUCCCCACCUUCAACCCCAGCCCCAUCUUCAGCCCUGGCGACUGGCCCAACUUCAGGACUGGACCACCCCAUACGGAGAUGGCCCCACCCCACCUAGGGGCAGCCCCCUUUCCUCUCUCACCUGCAGUCCCUACCCUCAGCCACAACCCUGCUCCUCUUCCGAAGGGGAUGGACAGUGUCCACCCGCAGCGCCCAGACGAUCCGGCGACCCUGUAUGCGGUGGUGGACGGCGUGCCCCCGUCGCGCUGGAGGGAGUUCGUGCGGCGGCUGGGGCUGAGCGAGCACGAGAUCGAGCGGCUGGAGAUGCAGAACGGGCGCUGCCUGCGCGAGGCGCAGUACAGCAUGCUGGAGGCCUGGCGCCGGCGCACGCCCCGCCGCGAGGCCACGCUGGACCUGCUGGGCAGCGUGCUCCGCGACAUGGACCUGCUAGGCUGCCUGGAGGACAUUGAGGAGGCCCUGCGGGGCUCCGCCUUCCCGUCCACCAAGUCCUGCCUUCCCCGGUGAGGCCGCGCCUCGCCCCCUCCUGGGCGGAGCCUGCUCCCAGGACACUUGCUUUCUGCCUUGGGGCACCCUGGAAGGACCUGCAAGGUGCACUCUGGACCCCCUUUUUUGUGGAGAGGAAGGGUCUUGGAGGGGCAUGCACCAGCUCGCAGCCACUUGGUACUACUCCCUCAGUGUACAUAGCUUUUCAACUGCCUGAGCGCUGCUGGGGGGGGGGGUCACUGUGUGUGUGUGUGUGUGUGUGUGUGUGUGUGUGUGUGUGUGUGUGAGAGAGAGAGAGAGAGAGAGAGAGAGAGAGAGAGAGAGAGAGAGAGAGGAGGGAGAGGGAGAGAGAGGGGAGAUGUACCCUUGAGCUCCCGAGAGACGCUGAAUGUGCCAGGAGCCCAAGUGGGGUGCACGAGGGACUUCAUGCCUCAUUGCCCAUAUGGGCUUUGGAGAGCGCAGCCAGGCUGCUUAGGGGCCCUCUAAGCCUUUUUCACAGUACUCAAGCAAUGUUUGUAUCAGUUAUAUUACACUAAUAGAAACUUGGCAUGCCUUCGCCCCUGCGGGGACAAGCACAGCAUCAGCUGACUUGUGGGGGGCAGGGGCAGGGGCAGAACAGCAGGGUGUCCAGCUGGGGUUGUGGACUUUUGUAAAUACACUAAAACUCUGGAUAUUAAAGCUCUGCCUCUGGAGGGAGUGGCUUUUUGAGUGCUGGGUGUGGGGUCUG